AUGUUGUGCUCCGUGUGGGGAGACGAAGAUGCCGUUGAAUCCGAAAACUGGAGGUCUUCGAAUGGUGAUCGUGGGGACUUCUAUUAUAGAGGCGAAGAGGGUACAAAGAUGAGGACAGGCAGAGAGCCAAAAGGACAGCUUCUAUCAAUUAAUGGCAAAACAGAAGAUGAAGUCGGCAGAAGUUUAGAGAGAGUUUUACUUACAAUGAGGAUUACAACUUCAGAACCUAAGAUUGAAAUGGUUUCAAAAUGUAGGCUUCUUCAAAAGUUUUUCCAAACCAUGGAUCUAGUUGUUUUUAAUUGUUGUGAUGGACGUGGGAAUGUGGCAUUUGUUGUUGAUGGUUGGGCUCUUGAAAUUGCACUUAAGCAUUAUCGAACAAAUUUGACUGAAUUAGCAAUAUUGUCAAGGACUGCUAUAUGUUGUCGAGUAACACCAUCACAGAAAGCACAAACAUUGGCCAUUGGGGAUGGAGGGAAUGAUGUAAGAAUGAUACAAAAAGUUGACAUUGGAGUUGGAAUCAGUGGGAGAGAGGGGCUGCAAGCAGCAAGAGCAGCUGAUUAUAGUAUUGGGAAGUUUAGGUUUCUGAAAAUAUUAAUACUUGUCCAUGGACGUUACUCAUACAAUUGUACAUCAUUUCUAUCCCAGUAUUCAUUUUACAAGUCUCUGGUGGUUUGUUUCAUUCAGAUCUUCUUCUCUUUUGUUUCAGGUGUCUCAGGGACUAGUCUUUUUAAUUAUGUUAGCUUGAUGGCUUAUAAUGUUUUCUACACUAGUGUUCCUGCUCUAGUCAGUGUCCUGGACAAAGAUCUUAGUGAAGAAACAGUGAUGCAGCAUCCACAAAUUUUGUUUUAUUGUCAAGCGGGAAGACUUCUGAAUCCUAGCACAUUCGCUGGAUGGUUUGGAAGAUCUCUUUUUCAUGCAAUUGUUGUAUUUGUAAUCAGCAUACAUGCCUACGCUUAUGAAAAAAGUGAAAUGGAGGAGAUCUCAUUGGUUGCUCUCUCUGGAUGUAUUUGGUUGCAAGCUUUUGUUAUGAUAUUAGAAACAAAGUAA